AUGCAAUUAAGAAGUUUUUUCCAAUUAGAAUCCUUCCCAGGAGAUGGUAAGGAAGUCGUAAAGAAUGAAGAAGAAAUAUUUUGCGAAGGGCAUUUUAACGAAACAUACUUGCGUGAUAAAACAGGUAGAUACAUAGUAAAAUUACCUAUGAAGGAUGAUGCUACUUCUAUGCUGGGUUCAUCUAAAGAAAUUACUGUUAAGAGACUGAAUACAAUUUGGAAUCGUCUUGAUGCUAAUAAGACUAUGGCUAAUUUGUAUAAGGAAUUUAUGAACGAAUAUUUAAACUUAAAUCACAUGGAACCUGUUAUGCCCGUGGAUAACUGUGACACUUGUUACUACAUUCCCCAUCAUGCAGUUUAUCGCCCGGAGAAAACUUCAACUCGAUUAAGAGUUGUUUUCGAUGCAUCGUGUAAAUCAUUCCAGUGGCUAUUCGCUAAAUUCAAUUCUAUUGAACGGAGGCACAAUUCAAGAAGAUCUUUUUUCUAUAGUUUCCAGGUUUAG